UGCUGCUCUCCACAACAAAACAAUAUCCAGCUUAUUUCAAAAUAAACUCCACAGCAAGAGCAAAAUGAAAAAUCCAAUCGCAAUUUUUGGAAUAUUACUUGUUACUUAUUUUCAAGCCAUGUCUACAAAUAAGGAAGCUGAGGAAUCUUGCGAGCCUAUGAGCUCAAAGCUCAGCUCUCUACGGAAAAGUGUGGCUACCUUGGGCAAACUGGUUGAGACCUUCAUUUGCAACUUUGAAACAACACAGGUUGCAACAAGUACCGAAAAAUCAAUAAAUCAAGUGGCAAGCAGUGCAGCUGGGCAAUUAAUCUCAACAGAUGCAUGCAGUUCAGAUUUUGAGCCUGCGUUGGACAAAAGCAAUAAGUUGGUGGUGUGCAACAUUCGAUUAGAGGACUUUAGGCAGAGCAGUACGUUUUCUCUAAACAACCUCGAUUUCAAGCUAUGUACACACGUUUUGCUUUCUGGAUUCUUCAAGGUUAACUCUGAAACUGUUGAAUUCACUGAAAACAAAUUAGAUACGAUGAACCUUUCAACUAUCGCUGGCACGCUGAAAUCAAGCAAUAUCAAAGUAUGGCUCAGUAUCGGUGCAGAUGGAACUUUAGAGCCGGAAGAAUAUUCAAAUUUUACAAAAUCUGAAAAAUUGCGUUCCAAGUUCGUGGAAAAUGUAAUGGCUAUUGUUAACAAUUUCGCACUAGAUGGCUUUAGCCCGAGGUGGCGAUAUCCAGCUUGCCCAUACGAGAAUUGCUACAAGUUCAGGAAAGGUGAUACACAGAACUUCGAAUUAUUAAUGAACAGUUUAUCCAAAAAUCUGAGGCCAAAGGCACUGUCACUCGUUGUCUACACAACGAAGUCUUUUAUGUACAAAACCAUGUUCGACUUGGCAUCUUUAAAUAAGUUUACCGAUUACUGGUUGAUUGUUUGCUAUAAUGUAGAAGGAAAUUGGGCUAAACAAGCCUCCAUCGCAACUUCUGUUGAUUUUUUCGAGAGGUGUCUAAAUGGCUAUUUAGCGCAAAUUCCAAAGGAAAACACGAUAUUGGGCGUCACAGCGUUUAACAAUCCUGCAAAAUUAGUUAACGCUAAAGCAAAUAAACUGGGAUCCGGAAUAAAGAAAGACGUGGCAGGGAAUCCAUCGCUAAGCACGUUUCGAAAUUUAUGCACUGAGAUCAGCAAAGGAGCCGGAUUAUUAGUUUACAACGAGUCUAACGUAAUUAACACUUACUGGACACAAGGUUUGGACUGGGUUUCCUUUGAGAGCACAUCUACAGUUCGGAGAAAAAUGGCUACAGUAACAAAAUUAAAUCUAGGAGGGGCAUUUCUCGAACAUAUUCCUGACGAUGAUUUUGACGGAGUGUCGUGCAAAUGCGGUAAGUACCCGAUUUUGCGUACGAUAAAUGAAGCUGUCCGAGGUCAAGGCCUUUGUUUUGUUCCAUCUUGUCCAACAUCUAAGCCAUAAAAUGUCAACUUGAACCAAAUUUAAAUCAGUUGAAAAUUUGUAAAGACUUUUUUGCGUUGCCGUUUGUUAUAUUAAAUUAAUUAAGUUCAUGUACACGUUGCAGCGUUCUUAGAAAAAUUUUAAGUAAAAAAUAGCAAAAUGUGUUCUUUGAAAUAUAUUGAAAUUAAAAAAGACAAAUGUUUUAAUGAGGAGUAAAUUACCUACUAAUAAUCGACCAAUAAUCCCUGCAAAUAAACAGAUAGCAGUGCCUCUCAAGGUCUUGAGCCCAUCACCUGCUGUCCUGUAUUGUUAGGCCGCGAUGUUAUUUUGGCGCACAUGUAUUGUUUGCUUUAAUCCUUCUCAACUUUGACAAAAUGUGAGAGUAAACAACAAUAAAUAAACUUAAGGUUUCCGGACGAAUCCUGCAGUUCAGUAAGAACAUUGUUUGCUCUGUGAUUUUAAUUAGUUGCCGAAUUCUGGUCCAUAUUUCGAACAGGAAACACGUUCUGGGAAGGGCAGGAUGCACGGUUUGAAUUCCAGCAGAGAACAAACUGUAAAAUUGAGAAUCACUCACUACACAGGCCACAGAGUGUGCAUACAGGCUCCAUUAUGCGGUUCAAAAUUGCUAUUUCGUUGUGGGCAGCGGUCUUUCUUGCAUUAGUUGCAAUCGCAUCAUGUAAAAAUGUAUAACACAAAUUAUAGAUAAGUAAAUCCCCUUGCAAUUAUUUUAUAAACAACUAGUGCAUUGCAGGAGAGCGAAAAGCAGGCUUGAAAAAAAGGAUAGUCAUGCUUGUAAAGCUUGUGGACAAAAUUUUAUGUGAUCACGGGGACCUAUAUAGCGAUUGUUUCACGAGGAAAACAUCAGGGAAAGAAUACGUUGGUGAUGCUGAAAGAGAAAAAACCAAGGAAAGCGAGGCAAAGGUAGACCUUCUUCCUGAAUAUCAUGAUAACUGCAGUAGUCAGGGAGCAGAAAACAAGACUUUAAACUGCUGGAUCCGAAGCAUUGAUUUUAAUGAGAAAUUCACGUACAAAGAUAUCAAUGUUGACCUAUGCACACACGCCACGUUGUUUCACUUCUUUCGACUUGGAAAUGACUUGAGUCUGCAGAUUCAAGAAAACAUGGAAAAAAGAUUUGAGAAUUUUCAGCCGCUGGUGAAGAUGUUCCAAACUAAAUACAAGCCGGUAGUAUUAGCAGUUGGUUUGGAUGAAGAUGGGUUGCCACCAGGAAAAUUUAGCGCAAUCGCAUCAAAGGAAGGAUCCAGAAGUCUUUUUGUGAACUCGGUUAUGCAAGUGAUAGAAAAAUAUGACCUGGACGGACUCUUACUCAAUUGGCAAUACCCGGUUUUUUGGGAGGAUAACAUACUUGGGAAAAGUUCUGCAUAUGAUGGCGUUAACUAUGUUCAGCUAAUGAGGAUGUUCUCUGAGAAAUUGAAAUCGAAGAAAAGAAUUUUGCAAGGAUUCUCCACUGCUAACUUAGCAUUUUCUAUGUUCUUCGACUUCAGAAAAUUGAACAGCUUAGUUGACCACUGGUUCCUUCCAUUCUAUCACUUUGAAGGUCCUACUUCAACGACUACAGCAAUAUCAUCUCCAUACAACCGCGCAGAAUCAAUGGUCUCAAAGCAUAUAGGUGUUAUUUCACCAGAUAAACUUUUACUUGGAAUACCGACAUUUUACAAGCCUGUUGUUGUCGACCCAAAAGCCAAGCGUGUUCGUCUUGGCACCCCUCUGAAGAAUUUGCCAACAAAUCAGCGAUUAUCUACGUUUCGAUCGCUUUGUGAGGAGGCUGCUAAAGGUGGAAUGACUGUUGUUCACAAUGAAAAUAACGUUGUGAAUUCAUACGCAUUUGUGAAAAAUGAUUGGGUGUCUUAUGAUUCAUCCAUCUGCGCGAUCAACAAAGUGAGGAUUGUACACGACAACAAUUUGGCUGGAGUAUAUGUUCCUUUCGUCACUGUUGAUGACUACGAUGGCAAAGCUUGCAACUGUGGAAACUUUCAUAUCCUGAGAUCGAUAAAAAAUGCUCUGAUGGGAUCUGUGUGUAUGGUCAAAACAUGUCCUUAAUGAAAAUCAUUCGAUUAAAAUUUCCAUUAUUUAUGAAACCAGUGGUUUUUCGAAAUGCACUGCAAGUAUUUUCUUCGUUGCGUUCUUAUGAUUUUUUAUUUAUUGUCACCAAAUUUAACUAUAUUGUAUAAUUUUUAAAUAUUUGCUUUUGUGCGUAACAUUUUUGAGAGAAGCAUGAAAAUAAAAAAAGCUCAAAAUUAAGUCCCUAUUCGAUGAAUCAAAUAAUUGUUAUAAACUAAAUCUUCUUUCUGUUACAUAAGUUGUACAAUCUCAGGAAAGGUGGAAACCAGCGAGAAGCAAUUAUAAGUUGCCGGAGUUGCUUUUUCGCUCAUGAGCUCAACGUGCAAUGGCUAACAAGGAUACUCUGGGGAAGCGGCGAUUUUGUUUUUAGAAAAAUAGUUUAAUUUGUGACUCGUGAUUUGAAUC